GCGAACCACGCCGAGGCGUUCGGGACGGAGCGCUUCGGCAACGCUGACUAUGCUUCUCCGGUCUCGCUGAAUGUAUGAGAUCGAGUUAAACAAGCAGUCAACCUACCCGCGUAAGGGGACCCACUGGGACCCCCCGCUGCUGUUUACCCGGUAAGGGAGCGACUUCCCUUACCGGCACUUUUCCCCUUUUUGCAAAGCUCUGAAUGACUGUGAGGGGGAAGCGCCGCGGAAGAGCUCGCGAACCGCCGGGUUCGGGCGGCACUCGUCUUUUUAGGUGCAGCCAAGACCCUUCGACAUGCUGGAACUCUUGAGACGCGAGAGAAAAGCAGCGGACUUUUAAAAUCGCCCACAUGCGCUGGAUCAAUCGCUGGAUUUGGGAACCGAAUUCGCAGAAAGGGGGUUGGGGAUCCUUGGAGGAGGCAGCCGGAGGAUGGAGCCGUGUAAGCGGGAUUGCUGAGAGCCUAACUUGCGGCCACUUUGCCGUUCUUGUUCCGAAGCAAGUCGCAUCUGUUCCCCAGGACACAUGCAGGCCAAAAAACGUUACCUGAUCCUGCUUUCGGCCGGCGCUUGCCUGGCCCUUCUCUACCUCGGAGCGGUUCCGCUUCAAACGGCGAGCAGGCACCGGCAUGAAAGCAGACGCCGCGGCUACCGACCCGAUCACCCGUGGCCUCACUUCUCGGACCGUUUACACCCGUUCGCGCCCUGGGAUCAGACUGAAAGCGAGGAGUAUAACGUGCGCGCAUCGGUGAGGCAUGCCCGGGACGUCAACACGAGUGUUUACAAAGGCAAACGCUGCCGGAUGGAGUCAUGCUUUGACUUUUCUCGGUGUAAAAAGAAUGCAUUCAAAGUUUAUGUUUACCCGCAGCAGAAGGGGGAGAAGAUCUCCGAGAGUUAUCAGAACAUUUUGUCCACUAUUGAAGGCUCCAGGUUUUACACUUCGGACCCCGGUCAGGCGUGUUUGUUUGUGCUGAGUUUGGACACCCUUGACCGGGACCAGCUGUCUCCGCAGUACGUCCACAAUCUCAAGACCAAGAUCCAGAACUUGCCCCUGUGGAACAAUGGCAGGAACCAUCUUAUAUUUAAUUUAUAUUCCGGGACGUGGCCGGACUACACGGAAGACUUGGGCUUCGACAUCGGCCAAGCGAUGCUGGCCAAGGCCAGUAUCAGCACCGAGAACUUCAGACCCAACUUUGACGUUUCCAUCCCUCUUUACCCCAAGGAGCACCCGAGGACCGGCGGCGAGAGGGGCUUCCUCAAAUACAACUCCAUCCCACCUUUUCGAAAGUACAUGCUCGUCUUCAAGGGGAAGCGCUACCUGACCGGUAUCGGUUCGGACACCAGGAAUGCCUUAUAUCAUGUGCACAAUGCGGAGGAUGUGGUGCUGCUCACCACCUGCAAGCACGGCAAAGACUGGCAGAAGCACAAGGACGCGCGCUGUGACAAGGACAACGCAGAGUAUGACAGGUAUGACUACAAAGAGAUGCUCCACAACUCCACCUUUUGCCUGGUCCCCCGAGGCAGAAGGUUGGGCUCCUUUCGCUUUCUGGAGGCCCUGCAGGCCGCAUGCGUACCCGUGAUGCUUAGUAACGGCUGGGAGCUGCCUUUCUCCGAGAUCAUCAACUGGAAUACGGCAGCAGUCAUCGGUGACGAGAGGCUUCUGCUGCAGAUUCCUACCACGGUGCGUUCCAUCCACCAAGAUAAGAUCCUGUCGCUCAGACAGCAGACGCAGUUCCUGUGGGAGGCCUACUUCUCUUCGGUGGAAAAAAUCGUGCUGACCACGCUGGAGAUCAUCCAGGAUCGUGUUUUGGAGCACAGUUCCAGGAGCACCCUGAUGUGGAACACUCACCCCGGGGGGCUCUUUGCUCUGCCACAGUACUCGAGCUACCUCGGAGACUUCCCCUUCUUCUAUGCCACCUUUGGUAUUAAACCGUCUCCGAAGUUCACGGCCGUCAUCCACGCCGUCUCCAAUCUGGUGUCCCAGUCGCAACCCAUCCUCAAGCUGCUGGUGGCGGUGGCUAAGUCCCAGUACUGUGCACAGAUUAUUGUGCUGUGGAACUGCGACAAGCCCCUCCCCGCCAAGCACCGCUGGCCCGCCACCUCUGUACCCGUCAUCGUCAUCGAAGGGGAGAACAAGGUGAUGAGCAGCCGCUUCCUCCCGUAUGAGGCCAUCGUGACCGACGCCAUCCUCAGCUUGGAUGAAGACACGGUGUUGUCCACCACAGAGGUGGAUUUUGCCUUCACCGUGUGGCAGAGUUUUCCCGAGCGAAUCGUCGGCUAUCCGGCACGCAGCCACUUCUGGGACGGCAACAAGGAGCGCUGGGGUUACACCUCCAAGUGGACCAAUGACUACUCGAUGGUGCUGACGGGCGCCGCCAUCUACCACAGGUAUUACCACUACCUGUACACCAACUACCUGCCCUCGGGUUUGAAGAGUAUGGUGGACACGCUGGCCAACUGUGAGGACAUCCUGAUGAACUUCCUGGUCUCGGCCGUCACCAAGCUCCCACCGAUUAAGGUCACCCAGAAGAAACAGUACAAGGAGACCAUGAUGGGACAGUCUUCGAGGGCAUCUCGCUGGGCCGACCCGGACCACUUCGCUCAGCGGCAAACGUGCAUGAACAAGUUUGCCAGCUGGUUUGGCGCCAUGCCGCUGAUCCGCUCCCAGAUGAGACUGGAUCCGGUCCUUUUCAAGGACCAGGUGUCCAUCCUUCGCAAGAAAUACAGGGACAUCGAGAGGCUCUGACAGGACCGGCACCCCCAACGCCGGGGGAGGCGUGAGGGUGGGGGGCAGGGAAGCGACGACGCUCUGCCGUGUUGCUGAUGUGAACAAACGCCGAUAAGAAUAUGGACAUACGGAAGAGUGGUUUGCACACACUGCUGACAACAACUCUUGGAUAGAAUUUUUAUUUUUUAUUUUUUUGGUGGAUGACACUGACUGUCCUGCUCACCCAGCAGGUCCCAAUAAGAGAAGUUACUGGAGGGGGAGGGGGGCAUUUCUGAUAACACUGCUCGCCGCAAACCCCGCCCCACCCCGGUUCCACCAAGCAAUCCAUCAGGACACGAUGACCUGACGUACUCUCACCCUGACCCUACUACAAUCCCGCCGCCCCCAACACUGCUUCAUCACCUGAUUUGAUGUUUUUUAUUUAAUUUUACCAAUCAGAUGUCUCAGAGAGGGUUGGAAUUCAGAGAAUCGCCCUUUUUUUUUUUUUUUGCUUUUACGGAAAUUAACGUCGCUAUAUCGCAAUCAGAAUGACAUUUCCUCAUGUUCCCCGCUAUUAACGACCCAAAGUCUCUGUUUUGUUUUGCUUUUCUAGUCUGUUUCAUUUAUUUCUGAGCUAAUUGUCGCCUUAGUGUAAUUGUGUUUUAAUUUUCUCAGAGUGAGUGAGUGAGUGUGUGAGAGGCUGCGUGAGAGAUGGCACAUCCAACUCUAAGUCUGAACUCAUUUGCCUCAUUCUUCGCAGAUGAGCAAAAAAUAAAGAACAUUUUGGGAGAACCGGAGUAAAACCCAAAAUGAUCAACUGCCCAACUGCCGUGAGCAUUCUGCUCCGUUGGCCUGAAAUGUAAACGGCAUCCUUGCCGGGCCAUCAUUUCCUGAGAGUGCCAUGUUGACAUCAGGUCUGCCUUCAGAAUUAUUUAUUGCACAUUGUCGCUGCCUGGAUUAGUUUAACGAGGCCGAGUUGCACCUUUAAAAUGUAUAAUUAGCAUUAGCGGCAUCUAUCCACAACGUCGAUUUUGUACCGACAUCAAACAGGCUGACGGUUUGCACCUUCAUCGGCAGCCGCUCCUGAGUUGAUCGUUUUCGAGCGAUGAGAUCGGAAGUCCGCUCGGACACUUGAAUGAACGAAACGUGCUUUUCGCGGCCUAUCUGUCGGGCUCGCAUUCAGCCAAAGCUGUGAAUCACUCACUGCCUUUUUUUUUUUCAUUUUGCUGUGUUAGUUUAAAAAAAAAAAAUACAAGAAAUGCAACAGUGCCAUGAUGAGGUCAUGCUGACGCGAUCGAGUGUAAUCGCUACACUGUCACAUCAAACGCAAAAGAAAAUAGGAGCUAAAUGAAGAGCAAGUUCAAGUACAGUGGAACCAUAACGCUUUCCCGAUGGAAAUAAAAAGACUUGCGCUACGUCAGAACGUUUUUAACAACCGUUGGGCCACUGCCGUUUGAGCGUUAAAAAAAGGAGAGCGAGUGAAAAAUUCGCACGCCAUUUGACGUUGACCCAAAACGCUCUGUAAUUUCCGACAGAUGACACAAGCCGAUUACGAAACGAAACUCCUCACCUCAACAUAGUUGCUUGCUACCAAGCUGCUACCAGAGGGCGCCAAAGCACUCAUUAUAAUUCGGAGAGUUCAUGAUUUCAUGAGUUUAUGAGUAUCGAAAUCGACAAUAUCGUAUACAAGUUGAAGGAAGUAGAGUUACUCCAGGUCUACUUUUUCGAUCAACCGCCCUGCCGCGAUCGACCCGUUAUCCGCGUGCGCGCCUUGAUGAGCAACAGCCAAAACGGCCCCUAAGAUGAACGAAACAGAAAAAUAAAGUAGACACAGAUUGUGAAAAGGAAAUCACCGCCUACCGUAGUAGAGACCUGAGGCGGGGGCGUGGGGCGCACUUAUUGCGGCGUGUUCACGAUCGCAGCUCACGUGUCGCAUUUCUUCGCCAGUGCCCUCGCUGAAUUGUACAUGAAACAAACUUUGAAGGAGAACAUUAACAACAAUAAAAGAAAUAGCGCGAUUGCUCUGAUCACAAGCUGCAAGUGACUUGGGACCAUUUGGUGAGCUACCGGUCAAUCGCCAUCGACGUAUUGGGCGUCCCUGCUCUAAAUUGUCCUUAAGUGCGAGCGUGAAUGGUUUUAUGUCCCCGUCUGCCCCGCGAUCGGCUGGCAACCACUUCGGGGUGUACCCCCGCCUACUGCCCGAAGACAGCUGGGCUUGGCUCCAGCACGUACCCGGGACCCUCAUAAGGGUAAUUAGAAAAUGAAUGGAUUUGUUAAUCAUGGCGACCUGUCACAAGGGUUUUUUUUUUGUUUGUUUUUUUUACAGUUUCAAAAUUCUACAUCGAAUUGGAAUUUUGAGGUUCCACUGUACAAAUGUUUGCAAUGUAGUUGACGCCUCUUUUGCUGCAUGACAUUCUCUCUCUCUCGCUCUGUAUUCCCCUGAUUUGUUUGUGGCAGAAGGCUUCAUUGACAGCACUUUUUUUUUAAAGCAUCUGUUUCUCAUUUGUUUCAAAUUCACGUUGAACCUUUUAAAAAAAAAAAAUGUCUUAUUGGUUGAGUAAUUGUCACAGAUCCCACCAACCCCGCCCCCAAAAUGCACAUCCUGCAACUCUGCCAAUAAUUCCCUGCACUGUACAUUAAACAUAUUUAUUUUUUUCUGUAAACAGGACUGUUUAGACUAUAAGGUGUCAUGUUCGGAUGAGCCUGCAUUGCUAAGGGGAGUUAAAGUAUUUAUUCAGUUUCAUGUUCACACGCCAAUAACAACAACUUAAGUUUCACUCGACAAAGUUUUGUUUUGUUGUUUUUUUUUUUAACCCCCUGGGAAACAUCCACUGGCGUCCCGCCUGUACAAACGUGCAACAUUUGGAAGAGGUUUUAACAUUGAUGAUCACAUACGCCAUUGAUCUUAAAUUGGAUCGGGGUGCGCACAUCUUGUCUCUCGGCGGGAGUCAAAUUGCAAAAAGGCCCAAUUCACAAAUUAGGGCGGAGAAUGAGAAGCAGUGUUAGCAGCUGUGUUAGAAAAUGCAUCUUCGAUGCUUGGUGGAAGGGAGGGUCCAUCCAAAUCACCCCCCGCUCACCUAAAAAAACGAGCCAGACUAUUGGCGUUUGUCUUCAUUUGUGCCUUUUGUGAACGCGAGUUCUUGCACUGCCGAGGAGCGUCUGCUGUCAUGUCACAACCCCCCCACCCCCCCCCCCCCUUGUGUUUGCACACCACUACCAUGACCCAACUAUGUUUCAGAUUAUUUAUCAUCACCGACCGCGAUGGCGUGAUCCGCCAGAAGCUGAUAACGUGAGGUCAAAUCGCGCGUCUGUCCCGCUGCCUUCUCCUCUCCCCCUCCCCCUCCUCCUCCUAUUAUGUAAAAGACUUUUAUAGAGGGUCGCAAAAUGAGAUAGACUCACGAUGAUUUUUGUAAGGAUGAUUUAUAAAUAAAAGAAACUCAUUUGACAA